UGACAGUCGCGCGCAGAGCCGGAGGAGGUCGGAGGGUCCGCACGGAGCGACGUGCGCGCGCACGUGUAUGAGUGUGGGGAGAGGAGCCGCGCACACGCGCGCGUGUGUCCAAAACGUGGAUUUAAGGGAUUUAUUCGUUUCGAGCCUCAAAGGAGCCACACAAGUAACAACGUUCCAGCUCCUCGGGCCCGAUGCUUCCCGCCGUCGCCAUGGAGACGGAGGCCAGUCACAUGCUGCAGGCGGCGCUGGAGCAGAUGGACGACAUCAUCGCAGGCUCCAAGGCGGCGGCGAUGGACUGUUCCAGCAGCGUGUUGGACCUGGGCUCCGGCGGGUCCUGUGGCUCCGGCAGCUCCGGCGGACCCUGCGGACCCCUGCAGGUCCUCCAGCUGGCCGAAGACCUGAAGCUGGCCCUGGACCUGCAGCCCGGUCCGGAGCAGAGAGACAGUCUGAGAAACCAGCUGCCUGCAGGGACCGUCCAGACACUGAUGGACUGGCUGAGAGGAGAGGUCAACCUUUGCUCUCCGGCCAACAAUGAAACGUACCAGGAGCGACUGCUGCGACUAGAAGGAGACAAGGAGUCGCUGGUGCUGCAGGUGAGCGUCCUGACCGACCAGGUGGAGGCUCAGGGAGAGAAGAUCCGGGACCUGGAGAGUUCUCUGGAGGAGCACCGGCAGAAGCUGGCCUCCACCGAGGAGAUGCUGCAACAGGAGCUGAUGAACCGGACGUCCCUGGAGACCCAGAAGCUGGACCUGAUGGACGAGGUGUCCUACCUGAAGCUGAAGCUGGUCAGCAUGGAGGACACACACUCCAACACACACUCUCAGGACCCUGCAGACACACAGCAGAACAAAGCCCAGUGUGUGGUAAACCUCAUCAGUGAGCUCCAGGAGCAGAUGUGCAGGUUUCAGGAGGAGAUCAGCAGCCGCAUCCAGGAGAAACGGGCCCUGGAAGAGAGGGAGGUGCAGCAGGAGGAGGCGGGGGGCGGCCGGGUCCGGGUCCGGGUCCGGGACCGCGGCCCCCCGGUGGCGCCGGCCACCUCAGACCUGAGCCUGUCCAGCUCUGAUGUCCGGACCCUCAGUGGAGGACAGAGAGCCAACGAUCUGCUGCAGGAGACGAAGCAGCUGAGGAGCAAAGUGGAGGAACUGGAGGACGAGAAGAGCCAGAACGAGAGGAGGCUGAGAGAGACCAAGGCUGAAAUCCUGGAGCUGCAGCAGCUUCUGGCCUCCAGAGACGCAGAGAUCGAGUGUCUGCAGACGCAGCUGCUGGCCAGAGGGGGCGCCGGCGACCCCGCGCAGAGAGAGGAGGUGUAUGUCAAGCAGCUCAUUAACAAAUAUCAGGAAUAUCAGAGGCUCAAAGUGGGAAUGGAGUCUCUGUUAGCUUCAAACGAUGAGAAGGACCGGCGGAUCGAGGAGCUCACCGUCCUGCUGGCUCAGUACAGGAAGAUGAGGGAGGCGCCGGCGCUGACGCUGGGAAGCAGUGAGGAGGAGCUCAGCGGGAGUCUGAAGCUGCGAGCCAUCACUUACAGAGCUCAGUCCGACAUACUCCGAUCCGAGAUGUCGUCCAGAGGGUCGUCUCCUCUCAUGCUGUCCUCGUCUCCCUACCAGAGAGAUCUGGAAUCCAGUUUCCAGAACUCUGUGGAAGUGUCUCUAAUGUCUGCAGCUGAUACGAGUUUCUUCAAUGGAUCGUGUCCCCGGCGACGGCUGCUCUCCAGCAGUCUGGAGGAGCUGCAGAGCGGAUCCUUCCAGAAGGCUGUAGACCUCCAGCCUGUUGAGAGUCAGUCAGACGUAGGUUCAGAGGAUCCGCAGCCGGAGCUCAGCAGGUUCCAGACGCUGCCGGGGAAACGCAUCAGGGCGCCGGAGCGCCGGGCCCGGCCCAACGGGGACGACUGCGGUCUGGGACGCCAGGAGAAGCUGGACCAGAGCGUCCCGUCCGACCCGUCCCCACCGUCCUCAGGACUGGACUCCGGAGAACAGUCCCCCGUGUCCCCCGAGAACCGCAAGACCCGCAGAGGCAUCAAGAAGCUCUGGGGAAGGAUCCGUCGCAGUCAGUCAGGAAGUCCAGUCCAGCUCCAUGAUCCAGACAUGGGGGACUUCAGGCGGGGGGGCUUCAGAGCCACGGCUGGACCUCGACUGGCCCGUUCGGGCCGAACCAGGGACCUGAAGACCCCGUUCUCCGAGUGGAGCCCGGAGCAGGUGAGCGACUGGCUGGAGGACAUCGGGCUGGGACAGUACGCCGUCCUCGCUCGCCAGUGGGUGAGCGGCGGCCGGACGCUGCUGUCGGCCUCGCCGCAGGAGCUGGAGAAGGAGCUGGCCAUGAAGAACCCGCUCCACAGGAAGAAGCUCCAGCUGCGCCUCCGGACCGCCGGCGGCAGCGGCGGCGGGCGGCCCGAGAAGUCGGCCGAGCUGGACCACAUCUGGGUCACUCGCUGGCUGGACGACAUCGGACUGCCGCAGUACAAGGACCAGUUCAACGAAGGACGGGUGGACGGACAGAUGCUGCAGUAUCUCACUGUGAACGACCUGCUGUUCCUGAAGGUGACCAGUCAGCUGCAUCACCUGAGCAUCCGGUCGGCCCUGCAGGUCCUGCACCUCAACCACUUCGACCCCGACUGCCUGAAGCGGCGUCCGGGGAGCGAGAGCGGCGUCUCGCCGGGCGACGUGCUGCAGUGGUCGAACCACCGGGUGAUGGAGUGGCUGCGCUCCGUGGAUUUGGCCGAAUACGCCCCCAACCUGCGCGGCAGCGGCGUGCACGGCGGCCUGAUCAUCCUGGAGCCGCGCUUCGGCGCCGACGCGCUGGCGCUGCUGCUGAACAUCUCGCCGCAGAAGACGCUGCUGAGGCGACACCUCGGCUCCAACUUCAGCAGCCUGGUGGGCCCGGCGGCGGCGCGGCGCAAGGCCGAGGGCCAGGGGGCGCCGGGGAGCACGCUCAGCGUCACCGCCAAGGUCAAGCCAAAGAAGCUGGGCUUCCCCCACCUGGCCCAGCUGAGGAGGAGACGCCCGGACGAGUCCACGGACUACGUCUGUCCCAUGGACACGUCUCCGCCGGCGCUCAACGGCGAGCCGCCGCGGCCCCACGCCGCCUUCAGGGGCCUGAGCCCCAUCCUGGACCGGGAGCCAGACCGCCGCGGGGACCGGGACCGGGACCAGAUGGUGAUCACAGAGGGGACGGUCCUACAGAUUGAAGCUCUGUCUGAAAGCAUCAACAACCUCACAGUAAGAACUGCAGCUCUUCGUGACGCGUGCAGCGGAGCGGCUCUCAGGCUCCUGCAGGAACACAUGUUCGAUUCCUCAGACCAGAAACACUGAGACAAACUAGAGGACCAAUGAGCAUGAGACCAGCUGACACUUCCAGCUAUGCUUCAACGCUUUAUAACCAUGUUGUCUGUUGAAAAUGACUUCUGCUCAAUGCGGCAAUUCAAAUGUGAUUUUGUUUUCAGGAAAU